AUGCCUCCAAUCGAAUCAAAAAAGAAUAAUGUAAGUAGAAAAUAUCCAACCAAUACAUCGAUCUUCUUUAUUUUUGUUCUAGAAAGUUUCAACAUAUAUGCAAAAUGCUGAAAGUUCGCAAAAAACAGUGCAAAGAGCCCCGAAAAAGCCAAGUGUUGAUAGAUCGACAAGAAAAAUGGAAAGAUCAAGGGAACCCGAAAGAUCGAGAGCACAAAAAUCGACGAUGGAUAAAUCACAAGCACAAAGAUCGUAUCGAAAAAGUGCUCCAGAUAAAUCGCAUUCUGUUCGAAAACGUGCUCCAGGAAAUAUUCCACCUGGAAUGGCAAUGCCUCCAAUGCCACCGUAAGAUUUUCAGGAUUUUGAAAUGAGCCAAACUGGGCCAUUUAGAAAUAGGAUCAUACUUGAUCUAAAAAUUUUGACCCAAAAAAGGUUAUCUCUUGUUUUCUAAAUUUAAACAGAAUAUCACAAUUCCUUUCAGAAGCUUAUAACAUUUUUUUUUCAGAAAACGACAGCAAGAAGAAAAGACUGGAAUAUUCGGUUUUGGAAGAUCAGUCAAAAAUAACGGAUUUGAUUCUCUAAAAUCAAUGGUUUCAAAAGUUCGAAGUCGUUCAUCAUCUUUGACUCGAAAAACACUAAAUUAUGGUGAAGAUGCAUUUGUAACAACAAAAAGUCGACGAGGUACAAAUGGAACUCCACCUCCGCCUUGCCCGAUUAUUUGUGAAGAAGUUGAUGCAGAUGGAACUGAUAUUAUAUCAACACAUUCUGAACUUGCUGUUGUUAAAAGUAAUACAGAUAAUAAUGGGCAAAUAUUUAUUGGAAAACGACCUUUUUGGUUUGUUCCGAGUGAUUCGCCGUCUGAUGAAGAAAUGAAGGGAAUAUUUGAAUCUCCUGAAAUUAAUGCACAAUCUUUGAUUGAAGUAUCCGAUGGAAAGAAAACCCUGAAAUCAAGUCCAGCGGUUCCGUGAGUUAUUUAAAAUUUUUGUGUCAAAACUUUAAAAAAAACUUUAUUCCAGAACUUCGCUAGAUUCUUUUGAAGAUUUGGAAAGCAUGAAAACCCGAGACUCUUUAUAUUUCUCAAAUGAUCAUAUAUUUUCAAAUACAGUUCGCUCAAUAAUAAAUACGAAUAAUUUGAUGAACAACUUCGAACCGUCUGGAUCAAAAUCAUGUUCGGGUAAAAAAUUAGUAUUGAGUGAACCAACUGUCACACUAUUCUAUAAGGUUAGUUUAAUAAUGUUUCGAAAAUUAAAAAAAACAUGUGAUUUUUUAGCGAAGAACACGAAUGAAGACAAGAGAAGAUAAAUUUGUUCACAUGAUUGCUCCGACUAAGAAAAAGAAAUAA